AAAAUAGCAUCAAAAAUUGUAGUAUCGCCUAUAUUUAUUGUGUGGAUUCUCUGAGAUUCAUAAUCUCUAUCUCUAUCACUCCUAAUAAUCUAUCCAUCCCCGCCUGUCCUUAUAUAUUAAAUACACAUGGAUUUCUGAUUUGCUGUGCCAUUUCAUUUGAUUUGUCUUGUUUUUCUUCUUCAUUUGUUUAUUAUACACACAUUUUCAAUUGAAUUGGGUGAUAAUAAGACAUGAUUGCGAAAAAUUAUAAUUGUUGUUUCUUGAAUUGCUCUUUUAUUGACUCAUCAUCGCCAAAGCUAGGGGUUUCUAGCUUCAAUUCGUUUGAUUGUAGACUUAUUUGCUCCCGGGGCGCUGCAAGAUCCGGUUUUUUGAAGCCUGUCAAAGCAAUGGAGUCUUCUAAGACAUUCCACAUUGAAGCUAAUAAGACCCAUCAAGAUGUUUCUGGUGGGAAUCUUGACAAGAAAUUUGCGAAUGGAAUGGCAGAAAAUGUUGUGUGGCAUAAGUGUUCGGUCCAGAAAAUCGAUAGGCAGGAGUUACUUCAGCAAAAGGGAUGUGUUAUAUGGAUCACGGGUCUCAGUGGUUCAGGGAAGAGCACUUUGGCUUGCGCUUUAGCUAGAGGCUUGCACAUGAGAGGAAAGUUGACCUACAUUCUUGAUGGUGAUAAUGUUCGUCAUGGUCUGAACAAGGAUCUCACAUUUAAAGCAGAAGAUCGUGUUGAGAACAUACGAAGAAUUGGUGAGGUUGCUAAGCUUUUUGCAGACGCUGGAGUUAUUUCUAUUGCUAGUUUGAUAUCUCCCUACAGAAAAGACCGUGAUGCUUGCCGUGCUCUACUGCAAGAAGGAGAUUUCAUUGAGGUUUUUAUGGAUAUACCUCUCCAAGUGUGUGAGGCAAGGGAUCCAAAGGGUUUGUACAAGCUAGCACGAGCUGGAAAGAUAAAAGGUUUUACAGGCAUUGACGAUCCUUACGAGCCACCACUAAAAUCUGAGAUAGUACUACAGCAGAUGGGAGAGAUAUGUCCGUCCCCUUCUGAUAUGGCAGAUGUAGUCAUUUCCUACUUGGAGAGGAAUGGCUACCUGCAGGCUUAAAUAAGCGAUACAACAGGUCUCUCCAUUCAGAGCUCCUGGAGAUUCUACAACGAAUAGUAAUCCAAAAUAUUCAGGCUAGAAAUCACUAGUUUUUUGCGUUUGUGGUCCAAUAAAAUAUGACAUCAUGUUAGUUAAUUGAUUGAUUAACUAAUCAUGUCGUUGUUAUCUAGACGUGUUUGUGUUUUAGUCGGAUGUAAUACCAGAUUAGUUAAUUCAUCCGAUGGGUAUCCUAGAACCUUAAUAGAUUAGUUAAUUGAUUCAUUAACUAAUCUUUAAUGGUUGUGCGUCCCGUCUAUUAAGAAUGUCUGGACAACUCUUGUGAUAUUUACCCAGUCUACAAAAUCUGUAAUAGUAAAUGUGGCAAGCAAGUGUUGUAUGAUAAAUAAUCUUGUAUUAUAUCAGUCUUUUAUAUAUUAUAAUGAUUUAUGUCCA